GCCAUGGAGAAGGCUUCGAGCGGCCAGGUGUACCGGUACCCGCCCGCAUCGGGUCUCCUGCUGGGUGCAGGCUUGGUGGCCUACUGUGCUACGCUGCUUCUACUGGUGAGCUUUGCCAGUCCUUACUGGCUAGAGAGCUACCAGGAGGCCAAGAUGGAGUUCAUACGGCUGGGCCUGUGGGACGUGUGCUUCCACAACUACCGCCACCCGUCCUACCAGUACGACGAGACCUUCAAUGGCUGCCACUGGAUUCACUCAUAUGCCUACCAAAACAUCCGUGACUGGCUCCUUCCCGGAUGGCUGAUGUUUGUGCAAAGCAUGAUGACACUGGCUCUCAUGUUUGCUCUGGGUGCCCUGGUCUUGCUGAGUGUGGUGCUGAUGCGUUACAUGCUGCGCUUUGAGAUCAUCUUCCUGCUGGGUGCAUUCAUUCUCGAGGCUAUUACAGCGGUGCCCGUGUUCCUGUCAGUGGCGGUGUUUGGAGGCAUGUGCUUCGACCGCUCCUGGCUACAGUACCCAAAUUACAACCAUCUGUCGUGGGCCUAUGCACUUGCCGUCGUUGCCUUCUUCUUCCACACGCUUGCUGCCGUGAUGCUUCUAGGAGAGACCUUCAAGGCCCGUGAGCGCCGGCGACGGGCCAACAACCUCAUCUACAACAUGCAACCCAGGCCGGGAACUUCCCUCUCUCUGCUUGAAGCCACACCUGUGGAAAAGCCAUCCACCCCAGCUGAUGAGUAGCCGUUCCCCAUAGAUGGGGAUAGCCUCUGGUUACAGCACUUGCUGUUCCGGCGUCGACUGCCUCCGACUACGUAGAAAAGGUGAUUCGAGAUAACUUUUCAUAGCUGUGGUGGAUAUCUGCACUUGUGUGAUAAUAAAGUAAUUUUGCAUUUCUUUCUAGUUGUGAAACGUUGAAGAGCCCUGUUCAGAAACCUCAACCAUUUAUCAAAAAUUGGGCCAAGCACUUGUUGAGACAACUGCACAGCAGACUACAGAUAAAUGAAACUCGCUUGAACUAAAAUGCCCAAUAAAUGGGACAAUAAUGCUAUAAUUUUGCCUGGCCGUACGUAGGCACAAUAUUAAACUCACGUUAAAUGGAAUGGAUCUCUCUGUGAAUUUUGGGUAAAGGAAAUAAAAUGUCGAAAGUCCAAAAAACAUGUCGAGCAGUGAAUGGCGUGGACAAUUCAAUCCAUCGAGCAGUUGCAACAGCAUUUCCUUGGAGAAAACCUUGCUAAGUAAUUAAAUGGUCCCAGAGUGUACUGCAUAGAAUAACAGAGAGCUGAGCUAGUUGGUACGUAUUCAUUCUAAAAAGAGACAGGGCGUGCAAACACGGACACAAGAAAGAGAUCAGGACACCACAAACACCGAUCAGGACACCACAAACGGCGUUUGUGGUGUCCUGAUCUCUUUCUUGUGUCCGUGUUUGCACGCCCUGUCUCUUUUUAGAAUGUACUGCAUAGUUUGUAAUUUAACACAGCUGCUGCAGUUUCUUUUUUAACAUCGCCAGGGAUGAGACUCUAGCUGACACUUGUUUACCUGCUCUGAGCAGGGUUGCCAGGUUGAAAAAAAAAAAAGAAUAGCAAAAAAUUUGCAAAAACUAGCCAUAAAGUAGCCAACUUUAGCCAGGGGCAGCAAAAGUAGUCAAAAGUAACCACACAUGUGUAAAAACAAAUUGGACGUUUUUAGUUAAAUGACUAAAUGCAAAAAUCCUUUUUGCGAAAAUGUAGAUAAGUGCAGCCUGAACUUUUCACAAUCAGAAUUGCCGAGAUCCAAGCCUUAAAUUCUUGACUCAUUUCGUACAGGAUGACGAACUUUCUUGCACUGUUGCAAAAAAAAGCUCUUAACGCAUCUUGUGUGAGUUUUCUUAGAGGACUUGAAGUGACAGCCGCGUAGCAACAGUAAAAAUAAGUACGGCACGAAUGUGCUCAAAAUCGCAGUUGCAGGGUAUGAUUCUCAUGAUCUUUUUUUGCCUAAGGCCGUAGUGCAAGCAGUUUGUAUUCUUCAGUCGCAGUCCGCACCUAAUAUUACGAAAUGGCACAAACAGUUUGUUGGAUAUCCGGUUUCUAAAGUCAACGAGUGCAGAGCGCCCUCGAUGGGAAAGCUUUCGAUUUUCCGGUCACAUCCAAUUAUGGUUUAAAGUCGUUUUCACCAAUAUGGGUGGUCUGCAAAUUGAGGUCCCAUGCAGCAGUUUUGCCCAAAUUUCCGCCAUGCAUCCAAAAGUCCUUUGGGCAAUGCAAGUGCCAAAUUACAUUUUGGGAGCUGGAAACGUGCCUUGGCCGCCUUGUCUUGACAGCACGUUCUUGCAGGGCAGCGGCUGCUACAUCGCCAGAUAUGGACAACUUGGUUAAAAUUCAGGGAACAAGAAAGUAGCCAUGAAGUAGCCAUGGUGUUUUUCUUGCCACCACCGGCCUGAAAAAGUAGCCAAACCUGGCAACCCUGGCUCUGAGGAGACUUGAAAUUAUUGGUCAAGUUGAUGGCUAAGCCCACAGUUAUAGCGAAGAAGUAACAUGAAUUAUAAUGGUGCCAUUUUGGACUACAUGGCAAUAGAUAACUGCAAUGAGAUCGUUAAAGUGAGGACAGUGUAGAAUUGGAAAUAUUUUCAUGUAUGAACACAUCUUACACGAAAGAAGCUAGAAUUCCACAACUGGAGUGGAAUAAAGUACUUUUUUCACCCCAGUGCUAUCAAAAGACCCAACUGCCUUUCAAAUGAAAUGGUGAUUUUUGUAACCUUCGCCUAGAGAGCACAUUUCUCGGUCCGAGUCUCGUUCAUUAAUGUGGUAGCAUAAAGGAGCCCUUGCCGCAGAAAAUUUGGUCUUGUCAGCGUUCUUCAUGAGCGAAAAAUCCCAAUGAAAUAAAAGAGUAAAAAAUUGGGUUUGAGCCAGAACCGAAGCCAGGUAUUGUGCAUAGCAGUCUAGCAUUCUACCACAAAGCCACAUCAAUAUGCCUGUAACUCGUUUGGGAAAAGACCCUACAGAGACGUUGCGUCGGGUGAGGAGUCACGUUGGCAGCUGUGUAAAUACUGCGUGACAGAAGCCUAGAACCGCACAGCUGUUGCACCAUGGGCAUUGCGUGGCGAGUGGGUGAUUAAAGGCUUCCCAUACAUUACAAAGAGCUCAUCCAUACUUUAUCAUCAUUGUCAGCGUAAUGAAGUAUGCAGCUACGUAGGUGCGCAUAUUGCCUCACAGAUUUGUAGUGGGUACUUGGCAAAAUGGUGGUGAGCUAUGGCGUAGUGGGUAUUUCACAUUCUGUACUUGCAGUAGGUGCCCUUGGAAAGCGUACGAUGGCCAUAUCACGCGCAAAGAUGUUCCUUUUCUUUGUCCCCAUGUUUUCGCACAAAUAUUGUCAAGACGAAUUUUAAGGAUUACUGACGUGAUUUUGAGACAUCGUAAAAGAAACGUUUCUCGUUUUCUUGGCGUGUAGUGUUAACACUCUCCACACACCGGAGCCGGGAAACACGUAUAAAAUAUUUUAGUUUAUUUUUAAACAUUGCCCGGCAUGUGCAAGCCAGUCCCACCGCAACGGUCAUGAUUAUGACAAGUACUUGCAAACUCUGCAAGUACUGCAAACUCUGCGUCCCACAUGCGGCUGAAAUUGCUGUCGGAAGCCACUAGUCUACAAUUCACUGAUUGUUGUUUACGAGUACCAUGUGCAGCUGACAGCACACGACAGAACUGCUGGAAGUACAUCGUGAGUUGCGGCCCCCACGUACCAAUGUUAGACUGUGUUGGCAAGUCACUGCGAAAUCAUCCUCUGAAUAUCGAAAGCAAAAGUGUUUUUUUUAAGCUAGCAGUAUUUAAAAUCGAUCCAAUGCUUUCUGGGGCACCGCGAUACGCUUUUUUUAGGGCGCUCAAUGCCGGCGUUUUUAUUUAGAGCUACAAUAGGAAACUUUCUAAAGUUUUUGUCAGUACUCCUUUAAGCAUCCUUUAAGUAUUUCAUAGGGUAUUGUAGACAUUUUCCCACACUGUGUAAAUGUGCCAUGGAGGAACUCGUACGCUGAAAUAACAGUAUGGUAGUGCACUCUGAGCCCAUUUUCCUUGAUGCCAGCUCAAGGCAGAUUUCUUAUGAAAUAUUUACGCUUUCACAUACUAUCAGCGUGAGUUCUACAAUCCAACAGGCCCUAAGUGCUGAAAAGUCAUUGAUAGCUACGUAACUGUUGCAUUUUAUCAUUAUCACACAAAUUAUGAUGUUCUCCAACUCUUAGUCAGCAAUAAUUUCUUCUUGAAUCUGCUGUUCUAAUGGUGAAAGGUAGUCGUUGCAGGAAGAGAUGAUAUAAUGAUAGUCUGUGCAUGCAGGUCCUUUUUGUUUUUUUUUACUUGUAUAUUACAUGCGUUACUCACAGUCUCCAACAUUUUUACGAAGUAGUAGGCCAUUGAGCAAUAGUUUCUGUGCAGCUCCUUUCCCUGUUCUUUGCCUCUGAUGCUUUUGUUAUAAUUUUCUCCCACUCAUAUUUUUUCUUACUAUUUGCACGUAAUUGUGUUCGACUGUCUGUGAAGCCUUUGAUGUGCAUGACUGGUGUGCAUGAUGGCCUUGCAUGCAUCCUCUUAAGACACUCUUGUCAUUUCCUGCUGCAGUGCAGUAAUUUAAUAUGUGUAUGAUUUCAGGCAUAUGACUGUACAGUACGGUGGCACCAUUGGAAUGCUUUGUGACGCGCCAGUUUUAUCUAUAGCCUCUCAAAUAGUGAUUUGCGGUUUUAAAGGGGCCCUGCAACACUUCUGUAAGUAAUUAUUGAGGCAACUAUCAAAGUUGCCUCACGAAUCGACUGCCGCAAAAAUUUUUAGAGUUCGUCAAGUACGAGCGGAGUUAUGAGAAUUUGUCACGUGCUUCAAACGUUUUCUCUACUUGCUUCCCAGCGAGCGCGCUGAAGGCUACGCAAGGGGGUGGAUGGCUGACAAGAGGGCAAGAAGCCACACGUGUACACAGCAAGACCCUCUCUUUCGUUCUUUAUUUUUUUUCUUUGAACACACACCUAACUUUUGGUGUGAUCACGAGCACUCUGGUGUAAUUCUGUAUCGCGUGUGAUUCUACCACUAUAGAGCACAGUGCGGGAAGUUACGGCAUCCCAUGGCGACCGCGGUAACUAUACAACUUGCGAUGCUCAAAUCAGCCAAUGGCCCAAAUUGACAUCAUAAGCCAAAUUGCACUAGUGGCAUCAUUUGUUGAGGGAAGAGCGAGCGAUUUCUUGCCGACCUUUAAACUUGACCCUUUGCAGUUCGAAACCUUUACCCACCUUCUGUCCAUUCCGGUCCAAAGCUCAGGAAGUUUGCUUACUUUUUUUUUAGAGAUGGCGCAUAAUGCAGUGAGAAAGCGCGCGCAUGAAUUGUUGCCACGCAAGCAGUUGUCAAGCAGUGCUCGACCGUGGACUGUUGCUGUUGAGUUGCAUUGUUGGGCCCUGCCCAACAACGGACUGCAAAGGGUUACGUGUACAUUCCGUUCCACACACUCUGCUAUACUGUUUGGCUCACAUUUUCUCAGGGGCCUUGACUACUGAGUGACAGCAUUUUCUGACCAUGUUCAAAAAGUGUUGCAGGGCCCCUUUCAGCUACAGCCAUUUUUUAUUUGUGUUUCCAGUUGCAUCUUGUGACACGAUUAUUCAUUGGUCAAUAUUGGCAUUGUUUGUAUCUGGACCGUUAAUUGGGAAUGAUGAUAGGCUGAGAGGGUAGUGGAUUUCUGUUUUUUCUUAAUGAACCAGACCAUGUUCAUAGCACAUUGUUGGACAGUGUUGACCCAGAAAUUAAGCCUUCUUGCACAGCUUAAGUGAAAGCAGAGCAGCGCUGAAUGGAAGAAGCGUUUUCUCGGUGCUGUUGAAAUAAAACCACCACUGAAAGCUGUUUUGCAGAGGAGUGUGUCUGUGGAGAUUACAAGCUGCAUUAUUGUGAGCAAAAACUUAGGUUGCCUAUUAGAAGUUUUUUGUAUGCAAGUUUCCUGCGACAUGGGAUCACCUCUCUGAGCACAUUUGCUGGCUGUAGUCUUUUUAUGCCUGCUUUAUCGCAAAUGUGUGACUGUACACUUGGAAGGGUGCAAUUCAUAUUUACUGUGCCUUCGAGUGUUAGUUCUUCAGCAAUGAAAGCUGGCUUCAGUGCAAUCACCCGUGUCCCUUGUUUCCAUCACUCAUUUCACUUGAAAAGGUUGUGACAACAGUGAAGAUGCUUGGGAAAAUGACAAAUGGCACCAGCAUUGCCAGGUUCUGUGUAGGUUGAGACAACCAUCAAUGUGUCAGCUGCACAUCGAUGCGGCUGACUGCAACAUAUUGCAGCUGUCCAACCACGUAGCAGCAGUUCACCUGUGCUGUGAUAUACUUGGCACAGUGGUUGUGCCGUCUCCUACUAAUGGACCACGGCACUUUUACUAAGAACAUGUAUGUUCUUGUGUUUGGCACUGUGGCGGGCACUGCAGUUUUAUUCAACAUCAAACAGGGAAGCAAGGCUGCGAAGCCUAGUACUAUACCGCAUGCGUUGCACAAUGCUGUCUGCUCAGCACAUUGACGUGAACAACAAGCCAACAAACAGUUAAGUUAGAGAGAGAGGUACGCUUGCAAUGCUUAUUCAGGCAGUACUUGCAGCAUUUUAUGUAUGGCACAUUGAUGUGGCUCUGUGCUUGCUUAACGUGAUGUUAGAUCAUGCUAAGCUGUCAGAUCACGCUAAAUAUGCAUCAUGGCAAACAGAGGUGACGUUUUGUCAUUAGUUGGCAAUGGCAGGAAAGGGUGUUCAAUCCUCUUCCAUUUCUUGUGUGGGUCACUGCACCAUUAGCUAAAGACACAUAACAUCAACUAUGUGAAAUGUAUUGUGUGCACUUUAUUGCCCUUGCAUUCCUGGCAUUCAUAUAAAAUUAUAGAAUAUCAGUUUUUAUCGUGGCUGAAUUACAUUGCAGGGUGUCUACUCAUUAGUUGGUAAUCAUGUGUACUACACAUACUUAACCCUUUGAGGGCUGAAUUUUUUCAACAAAAACUUUCCCAGAUAGUCAAAUUACCUUAUUGCAAAUUUUUAAUGCACACAAUGUGUACAGUCUGGAAAAAAAUUGUUUAAAAAGAUCAGGAAUAGUAUUUUGGUGUUAGCAUCACUCAGAACUGCAAAAUGUUCAAUAGUCCUUCAGAGGGCGGUAUUCCUUGAAACACAGGUCUACGCACAGCACCUUAUCGCUGUCUACACACGUAAAACAAAAGCGAAAUCGGCGUCUGAACAGUCAUCGCUGUCAGGAGAAUGGGCAGUGCUUUUGGCCAUAUCACCGCUUUACCGUUCACCUGAAGAACUUGAAGGAAACUCGUUAAACAAGGAAAGUGACUCGCAAACAUAUUCAGCGCUUGCAAACAAGGACGUAAGAGAGAUGACACCACAAUGAGCUAACUUCAACAAUCUUAUUUCCAGGAAACAACGAACUAUUUAUCCAUGCACAGUGGCGCCACUACUCCACUCGCUAGACUAACCAGAAAGGCUCUCUCCCUAUCUAAGAGGUCAAUUGAUGGUGCACUCACACACAUGUCACUAUUGCACGAGACAGCGUGAGCUUCAAUAAUCUCGCUCAAGUCUUUAUCUUCGUGCAUGGAUAAAUGGUUUGUUGUUUCCUCGAAAUAAAAUUGUUGAAGGUAGUGCAUUGUGGUCCAUUGUGGUCCUUAUUUGUGGUCCUCUUACGUCCUUAUUUGCUAGCGCUGAAUAUGUUUUCGAGUUCCGUUUACCAACUUGUUCAAAAAUGGCAAUGCUCAGGAAAGUGAGAAUAUUACACGAGCUCCAGUGAUAAACAAGCAAAGAGCAGCACCAAUAAAGAUGGAAAUCAACUUCCGCCGCACCUGUCAGCGAAUGCCAUUAAAAAUAAAAAUCAAGUUUCACGUGCUUCCGCUGCGAUGACACAGUGAAACCGAAACCGCAAAAGGGCGUUGCCUCAGGCCACAUGAUGUGCUGAAGCUAGAAAUUCAGUUCGGUUUAUCUCCGCAAGAAGGUAGCACAAUCAAAUUUCACGCGUCUUGUAAAUCCUAGAAGGUGGUAGCACCUCGCAGUGAGCAUGCAUUUUCAUUAUGGGGCAAAAUUUCAAAUGGAGGGUCGAAACUACCCGUACGGCAAAGACCUUUGCGGGACGGAAAAUCGCCACCGUACAUGUACGGCAAGAACCCUCAGAGGGUUAACAAAGAUUGAAAGUGGUCAUGCAGAGUAAUCUCACUGAUGUCAGCUGACACCACACUCAAUACAUGUGAAAUGUGUAUUCCAUAUCAUUUUAACUACCGUCAUGUCAUUGUGCAGCUAUAAUGAGAUGAUAAGUCCACAAUCAUAGGUGGCCAAAGAAGAGAAGGGUAAAUGACUAAGAGGGAUGUUCUUCAUGCCAUGAAUGGGUAGCCCAAAAACAUUUGUUUCUAGAGCAGUGUAUGCAACCUCAUGCAUUUUUCAGCAAUUUAAUUUCAGGAGAAACUGCAACAGCCUGGUGCUGUUUGUUUCGUAGGAUUUGUCAUUGUCGCCUGCUUUAUUUGCACCCAUCAUAUGGAUGUUGUGCUUCACAAAUGUAAUGUUUACAAAAUGAUGAUACCUCUAUCGUUCCAGUCUUGUAGCUUUCUCUGUUUCAUGCUCAUUAAUGUGGGUAUGUGUUUGACAGUGAACAGUGUUGAAUUUUCGCAGGGUAAACUUAAAUGUCGCUUCCAAAGUACACUACCAUGUAAAGCUAUUAAAAGCCACAAAGAAGCACUGCUGCCUUUUACUUGCAUGACCGCAACGUUUCAAUGCAUUCUGAGCAGUACCAAUUGGCAAGAAAAACAUUUUGUGAUUUUUGUCCUCACCUGAAAUGCAACUUUUUGUAUCACACUGACUAGUCAGUGUGAUGUGUGACAGUAUGAUUUGAUGCCAAGUCUUGUCUAUCUGUUGGCUGACUCUUAAUGAAUGUAUAGGUAUUUUUUUGUUGUGCAUGACAGCUGGCACCAGGUAACCUCUCUUAUCAUACAGUAAACCUUCAAGCCGAAACUAAAUUCUAAUAAAGUGUCCUUAACUGUGGUGCUAAUUAUAACAACUAUCCAAAGUAUCCAGUGUAGACAUUUUUGUAUAAAGCUGCAUCUAGUCAUGCUUCUAUUUUUCGAUAUGGUACACAACGUCAUGGCAUCGGGUAACCAAUAAUCGCCGCGCUGUGCACAUAUAUGAGGUGCGACACUUUGUGGUGUGCAAUUGCUUUUGGUCUUUAUUUUUAUCAUCACAUUUCUCAUGCUUAGAGUUAUUUGAGGCAAGUUGUUGCUUCAAUAACGGCUAAGAGCACCAAUGAAUAUUUUUUUUCGCAUGUAUUCUUCACUAAAUUUAUGUCUUGAAAACUUUUUCAGUACGAACAAGGUCCCUGUGUGGACAUUUUAUCUUAUGUGCAUAUUCAAGGUGAAUAAACUCA